CACACCGACGGUAACAGCUGCUCGCGGGUACAAGAACGAAAAUUGUAACCGAAAAAAAUCACAAUUGUGCAAUUGCUGCAAAAAAAGAAACAAUUGAAAAAAAGAGCGCGCAACUUUGGUGUAGCCCGUCGGCGGGCGAGAGAGCGAGCGGAAAAGUGGAUUAAAAAUAUUCAUCGCAGGAGGAUGAAAAGCGCCUGGUGACACAGGUCGGAUACUUGACGGCCACCACAAAAUGCAGACUGUUGGGCUGUUGCAUAAAUUCCCAUAGGCGGACGGCACACACACAUCACGUGUUUGGCUUUGGCUACAAAUUUGUGGCCCACGAUCACACGCGAGCAGCUCUCUCCCAAUUUCAGCCAUUCUCAUUGCUCUCUUUUGUAGUCAACAUGUUCUCACUUCAACGGCUGCUGCGCCACAUGGGCGGCGUGACGCCAGGAGCUACAACUACACUGUGCACAGCGACAGCUACAAAGCACUCUAGUCAGGCGAAGUUCGGCGAAAACGACAUUCACGGUUCACCCUCGCAUACGGACGGUCGCAGUCACGGCGAAUCAGAGUCGGAUUUGGAGUCGGCGCACGGCCAGAAUUUCACAGCACAGCAGUUUGCCAGGAGGAUUCUGCAGCAGCGCAGCCAGGACAUUCAGCGCCACAUCCACACGCAGGCAUCAAAAGGACAGACAAGGGCUAAGUCCUCGCAGCACCAACAGCAGCAGACCUCCACAAAGUUCGCCAUGUCAUCGCUAGCGGCAGAACCGUUGCAGUCCCAAAAGCAGGAUGAAGUCUCGGCCAGCGCGGGCGGCAAUGUGGAGUCGCCGGAACUGGGAGCCUCCUGUCACGAUGUGGCUUCCGCAUCGACCAACGCCGGCAAGAAGCCCUGCUUCAGCACUGGGCUCGGCGAGAUUCUUCAGUUCAUGGAGCUCAUCGGCAAUCUGAAGCACACAAAACGCACCGGAUGGGUGCUGCGUGAUGUCAACGACUGCGAAUCGAUUUCGGGCCACAUGUACAGGAUGAGCAUGCUGACCUUCCUGCUGGAUGGCAGCGAGGGUCUCAAUCAGAUCCGCUGCAUGGAGCUGGCAUUGGUACACGACUUGGCGGAGAGUUUGGUGGGCGAUAUAACGCCCUUCUGCGGGGUCUCGAAGGACGAGAAGCGGGCUAUGGAGUUCAAGGCGAUGGAGGAUAUAUGUAAAUUGAUCGAGCCCCGUGGCAAGCGUAUUAUGGAACUUUUUGAGGAAUACGAGCACGGGCAGACUGCCGAGAGCAAGUUCGUCAAGGAUCUGGACCGCCUGGACAUGGUGAUGCAGGCGUUUGAGUACGAGAAGCGGGACAAUUGCCUUCUGAAACACCAGGAGUUUUUCGACUCGACGGAGGGCAAGUUUAACCACCCGUUCGUAAAGAAGCUGGUCAACGAGAUCUACGAGCAGCGCGAUGUCCUGGCCAAGGCUAAGGGUGCCACGCCUCCGCCGGCCAUCGAGGUGCCCAACAUGGACCGGCCCUCGAAGCUGGCCAACGGGCACGACGGCUCGAGUUGAGCGUUAUUCUAGGAACCAGUCUUAGGCUAGCACAUGAACACAUCCUCACAUACAAACCACCACGCUCUUAACUUGUAAGCCAAUCCAACUAACAAACUGUUAUGCCUACCUCGACACGCUCAUAGCUAGAUCUAACUUUUAACACACUAAUUUAUUGCGAAGGAAGCGGAUAAGAUGGAACCGAUGGGAGUAGCUAUCAAUUAUUCUAAACAAACACCUGUUGAACACGUCUCCUUUGUUCAAUUUCCUUUAAGUUAAGCGUAAAGUUGUACGAGUUUAUCCAAAUAUUGAAUUGAUCUGACUAGGAAACACAAUUGUACAUAACUAAAUGAAAUUGUAGUUUAUUUUAACCGUAGACGAGGCGAACUAUUGUAAAUGUUGUCCUAGAACAAUUUUAUUGAAGCAGCCGAACUUUCAAAUCAAAAUGUUAAAUCAAAAUCAAAAUACUUGAUUUCUUUAAAUAAUUUGUUCGCACCUGCAUUACUUUUACCCUUGAAUCGAACAAAUGUAACCAAAAUUAUAAUUAAUAUAACUUUGUGAGUUAGGCAAUAUAAAGAUGCAGUCACGCUUAAGACGUGGCUAAAGACAAA